CGCAACUUUUACCGGGCUUUGCAGCCGCGCAUGUGUUGGGCUGGCGCGGGAUUUGUUGUUUUGACUGGGCGCAGAAAUGAUUUCCACCGAAGACAUCCUCUCUCUUAGUUCGUGCAAAUCACUAAGCGAUGUGAAGGAACUAGAUUUGAGCAACAGGGACCUCAGAGUAUUGGACCCAUGCUGCUUUAAAGGACUGAAAAACUUGGAGAGCCUCGAUGUGUCAAGAAAUUCGCUCAGAGACGUCCCCACUCUUGGCCUUCCUAAACUCCGGUGCUUGAAUGUGGAGGAGAAUUUGAUCAAUGACCUGGCCUUCCUGAAGGAUUACAGCGAACUGACGGAGUUGAUGGUUGCUGGCAAUCCCAUCCUUUCAGCCGACAAGAACAUCGCUGUGUCCCUGCUUCCCAAGUUGGCUCUGUUGGACGGAGCCGACUGCCAGCCUCUGAGGAAACUUGAAGCACUCGGCGACAAGAAGCUGCCCUCAGAUUUCUCGAAUCUGGGAAUCCACAUUCAAGGACAAUCUUCUUCUGGAGCCAGUGACGAAGAGGUGGAAUCUCUUGGUGGAGAGUUGUUUGAAGAGGAAGUUCAAAGAAUUCGUGCCAAAGCCUCCACCAGCACCCCAAAAAAAAAGAAGGACAAAAUCAGGCCCUCAGAAGAAUCCAGCUCUCCUUCCAAGCGUGUCACAUCUCCGACGAGACGGCACCUCAUUGAUCACGAGCUGGUCAGCAGCAGAUCCGUCGCACACGGCUCUGACGUGAACUUCCCCCACAAGCGAGUUGCAUCUCCAAGGAAAAUCCUCAACCUCGAAGAUCGAAAGCAAGGCGCAUCCAGCUCUCACAAACAUGACAAAAAUUCAAGCUUGCUUCAUGCUGGCACCCGUGAAUUGAAUGUAUCGGUAAAGAAUGGUUCGUCAAAUGAUGUGCGACGGUCAUGUACACCAAGGAAAAAGCUGAAAUAUGAAGUUGCUCCUUCUAGGGAAGAAAAGGGAAGUGUGAAAGGGGCUGAAGCAUGCAUAUUUCUUCGUGGCCAUUCUCAAGAUCCCAGUGACUCAAUAACUCAAGUGUGGCAGGCUGCCUUUCAACCAAAAUGUGAAGAAAAUGAUCUGUCGCCCAACAUUGUGGCAACCUGUGGCGGCAGAAUCGUUAACUUUAUCGACGCCAGCACGGGAACUGUUCUGAAACGCUACAGGAGUACCAACUUGAAGGAGGAAUUUUUCUGCCUGGCAUGGACGGUGUUGCCCAUUGGUGGUCAUCAGAGUGCUGUGCUUGCCGUGGCAGGCAAAGCCCACGAGGUGAGCCUUGUCCACCCUGAGCAGCUCGUCUGCUACAAGUCGUUCCAGGCGCACACCAAGUACAUCAACUGUCUGCACUUCUGCCGCCAGCCCACUUGGCUUCUCAGUGGAGGCAUUGAUGACAACAUUCACCUGUGGGACAUUGGCAUUCCCAAAGCACCCGGCUAUCAAACUAAAAUUGAACUGCUUACUCUCAAACCAAAGUGCGAGAUCUUACAGCUGUGUGUCAGCACUCGGAAUGAACUGCUCCUGGCUGCCUGCCAUGGCGGUCUGUUUGGCUGGAAGUUUGACCAAAAGUCGAUCGUGAAAGUUGACAG